GUCACAACGAUGAACAGCAUCUGCUCCCUGGCUGCCAUCCUUCUGGUCCUCGGCUUCAUCCAGAGCAGCUGGCAGGUUCCUCUGAAUGAUGACAGCUCAAGUCUUGAGGCAGACGACACGUUAGCCGACGAGCCCAGGGAGCUGUCAAACGCGAAAAGACACUCGGAGGGAACUUUCUCGAACGACUACAGCAAAUAUCUGGAGGACAGGAAGGCUCAGGACUUUGUUCGGUGGCUGAUGAACAACAAGAGGAGUGGCGCUGUAGAAAAGCGCCACGCCGAAGGCACCUUCACCAGCGAUGUCAGCUCCUACCUCAUGGACCAGGCAAUCAAAGACUUCGUUGCCAGGCUCAAGUCCGGACAAGUCCGAAGAGAAUCUGAGAUGGACAGGCGGGGCGAGGCGUUCAGCAGGAGGCACGUAGAUGGAAGCUUCACCAGCGAUGUGAACAAGGUGCUGGACUCUAUGGCUGCCAAGGAAUAUUUACUCUGGGUCAUGACCUCCAAGCCUUCAGGGGAAAGGUAACACCGAGUCAACACGGCUGAUCUAGCACAUGCUAAAGGCUACAAAUCUGUUCUGAUGGGAUUUUCUUUCUUUUGCAGUAAGAAAAGGCAACGGGACCAGUGAGAGCGUCCUCGAGGGCUCCCCAAACAAAAAGCCAUAUGCAGGAGGAACAGGAAGCCAUACUGCUUUGCAUGCUGUCAUGUUGUCUAUUUAAAUUUGUAAGUUUUUUACUUCAUUGUGAAUGUAAUGCAAAGGUACAAAGCCACUACUCUUCCACAGGUUGUAUGGCGCACCAGAGGCCAUAGGUAUGAAAUUGAGGGCAUGCCAUUUUCUACAAAUUUAAAUUAUUUUCUAUAUUUUUAAGGGGAGAAAAAAAACGAACACAAAAAAGUUGAAUCUCAGGUAGGCCUAUAGAAAGCACAUGCAGUGUAGUUGAUUGUCAUUGUAUGUUAUUCUGCUCUGCAAAAAUAAAG